GCACUGACAAAUGUUGCUACUUGUACUGGUGACAGGUUCCCCUAGCUACUCGGCUCCAUAUUUUCCCGUAAACUUCAAGGUGAACUCUGUACGUUAAAACCGGGAAGGCUGGCCAGCUGCCUGUGUCCCAAGAUUUCCCCAGGUGGCAGCCGCCGGAAGACCGGAAUCUCCCUCUUUGAGCACAGGUGCACUCUGAGGAUUUACCAGUCCUUCACAGGGGCCAGCUGGGUUUAUUCUGAAGCAUGCAGGAGAACAACAUUGACCAGCCGCCGUCACUGUCUCAGCUCUUAAGAGAGAGCUACCUGGCAGAGGCCAGGGCCCAGCAGCGCCACAGCGAGAUGAGCCGCUCGGACGCUUCUUCCUCACGCCUUCAGAUCUACAGGUCACUCAAAGGCAAGGCUGAGGACUCUGUGGGCCACAGUGAUCCCCAAUUCCCAGACCUCUCGGCCUUCCUCAGCCAAGAGGAGCUGGAUAAGAGUGUGAACCUGGCCCGCCAGGCCAUCGGACAUGAGCCUCGGGAAGAGAGGGCAGAGGUCAAGGCCUCUGUCAAACCAUCAACCCCCUCCCACAUCUCCUCGGUCUCUUCCUCUGAACCCCCAUCUGUUCCCUUUGCCAACCCCUCUCCUGCUCUUUUUGCCGCCCCCUCCACUGUGCCCUUCAGCCAGCCAGCCCCUGAACUCCAAGAACUGCCAGCAACGCACGCAACGCUCACAUCAGACGGAAAGAUGCACAAAGCAUCCGCACGGCAGGAACACAUGAUCAGGGACACGAGGGACUCCGGCGAGGGAUUCAACGACUUUGACAGGUCGGCGAGGAAUGCCCCGUAUGGUCCGGAGACCCAGUCCAAGAAGGAGUUCCUCAACAAGGCAGCAGACUUCAUUGAAGAGCUCUCCGCUCUCUUCAAGGCCAACAGCUCCAAACGGGUACGACCGAGAGGGUGCAAAUCCCACAGGACAAGGAACCAGAACAAGAGCCAGAACGAUGGGACAGCGUAUCCCGUCGGCCCAGACAACAGGGAGCGCUCUGCCAUGCCUGUGGAGGUGGAGAAGGAGAGACCCAGCCCUGCUGUUAGCCACCAACCACAGGCCCAGCUGGACUCUGGGAUUGGGCAUGUGGGGUUUCAGGACAGCAGGAUUACUGAGCAGCGGUAUGACUGUGUUUCCCAGGAGGUAGAGGAGGAGGAGGAGGCUGAAAGCUGUGCCCUGACAGACACUCCAUACCCAGCGGAGCCCGCGUGUGAGCCUCCUUGUUUCAUCCAGAAACUGAAAAGCAGGGAGGUUCCAGAGGGCAGCAAGGUCCAGUUGGACUGCAUUGUAAGAGGACUCCCUGUGCCUGAAGUCCGGUGGUUUUGUGAGGGCAAGGAGCUGGAGAACAGCCCUGACAUUCAGAUCAUCACCAACGGCGAGCUGCACUCUCUGAUCAUCGCAGAGGCCUUCGAGGAAGAUACUGGACGCUAUUCUUGCUUCGCAUCUAAUUUCUAUGGCACUGACUCCACGUCAGCUGAGAUCUAUGUCGAAGGUGCCUCCUCUUCGGAUUCUGAGGGGGAACAGCACAUUGAACAUGUAGCCCAGUUGCAGAGGAAACUUUUACCUCCAACAUCGAGCCAAACGCUCUCUGCAGAAGAGGAAGACUCUCCGUCAUCCCUACCUGCAGCAGCCACCGAGGAGCCAGCAGACCAGCUCUCCUCUGCACCAACUAACCAAAUAAGCCCAGAACCUCUUCUACCUGUCCGGACAUCAGCCACCAUACUUCCAGUCCCCGAGCCCUCUCAAACAACCGUGGCAUCCGCAGCACCCCCUGCUCAGGAGGAGGCAACAGUGUCACCUGUGCAGGUGUUUCCUACGUUGUCACCAGGCGAUACAGAACUUUCAGAAGCCCAGGAGGUGUCGACAUCUGUCACAUCCACACCGCUGCUGGUGCAGACAGCUGCAGCCAUAGCUCCAUCACUGCCUCUAAACUCAGUGGUCUCCUCUGUGCUGCCGGUCCUGUCAGCCCCAACACAAACACCCCAACCUGAGAGUCAAACCUCCAACCACAACUAUCCCAACUAUCCACAAGGGUUGAACGGCCAACCUAUCAUGGCUGCCCCUGUAUUCACAAAGAGCCUGCAGGACCUCCUUGCGUCAGAGGGCCAGCUGGUGGUGCUAGAGUGCCGCGUGAAAGGGGUGCCAUCACCUCGAGUGGACUGGUUCAGAGAGGGAAAAAUCAUAGAGGACUCUCCUGAUUUCAGGAUCCUGCAGAAAAAGGAAAUAUACACUCUGGUCAUUGCGGAGGUCUUUCCUGAAGAUUCGGGGAUGUUUACUUGCACAGCAAGCAACAAAUAUGGAACCGUGUCCAGCGCUGCUACACUGAGGGUCAAAGGCAAUGGCAGCAACAACAACCACGUGAGGCCUUUCAGCAGUUUGACAGUGGAGCCCAAUCGAAUCCAAGAACCUUCAUCAGCUCCCACUGUAAACCCCCAGCCAGGGGUUACUGUGACCAACAGCAUCAAGCCCCACUCCAGCACCAUACGCCUAGAGCCGCUCGUCUCUAGCACCUUACGCCUGGACCCUUUGAACACCAGCACCCUCCGUCUGGACCCCCAUGGCUCCAGCAUGUUGCGUCCAGACCCCCUCCGCACCAGUCUACCCAGUCUGGAACCCUCCAGCCUGAGCAGCAGCGGCUCCUGCCUCAACUCUCGCAGCACCAGCUCCCCGAACUUAGAUCCUCUCUACCUCCACCAGAACCCUCCUGGAUCCGGUGGAGCGCGUCCAGAACCAGUGAGCGGCGGACAGGUGCUCUCAUACCUAAAACCCUUCACUUCUCAAUGUGUGGUUGUGACUUCAGCUGAACAGGAAGUGUCCACACCUUCAGUGACGUCGCCCGACACAAGCCCAAAAGUUAAGGGGACCCCAAACCAUCAGAAUGGGAGCCUCAUUGUGGUGCCUCUCCCUGAUCCCCCUCCUAACUCCUGCCUAAAGACAGGCGCCCAGACAAAACACAAAGUCCCACGCACCGGCUCCAGAGUCGGCCUGCGUGUGCACUUCAAACUGCCUGAGGAUGAGGAGGAUGUACAAAGUGACGCAUCCAGUCAGUUUGACGAAGACACCAGCAUGUCAGUCAACAAAGAACCACCACCAGUGCUGGCUAAACCUAAACUGGACCCAGCCCAGCUCCAGCUUCUGCACAACCAGGUCCUCAUGGAGCAGCAGCAGGACCCUGAGCCUCAGACCCACACCCACACCCACACCGACACCCAGCCCCAGCCCCAGCCCCAGCCCCAAUUCCAGAUCCAGAUCCAGCCCAAGGUCCAAAGCUCCAAUGAAGGUCCGCUGUGGUCACCCAGAAUGCAACGUGAACCCCAUCCGCCACCUUUCCAGCCCUACCUGAACACCACGGCGCCCCCUGCAGCAGACGCCCCCCUCUGCACCUCCACCACCGCUCCCCCUGCUCCCUCUCUGAGCUCUGCACCAGCACUCAACACCACCUUUUCACCUCGUUUCAACACUUCUCCUUUGAGCUUGCCUCCUGUUCCUCAGCUAAAGACUUCCUCCCUGGUUACCUCCCCUCCACCUGCCCCACAGCUGAAAACAGCUCCUCCUCUCAGUAUAGCUCCCGUGACCCAGAUGAACACCAUCCAUGCCUCCCAUCUCAACCUGUCCCCUGCAGCUCUGGCCAGAACUGCACCUACACCCCAAUUUUACUCUCCACCUGCACCAAAGCUUAGCACAGCCCUUACAGGUCCAACCUCGGCCUCACAGCAGAUCACAUCUCCUGCUCCGCUACUGAGAAGCACCCACGCCUCCCUCAUGAACCUCACCGCCACCUCCCACGCCUUCAACUACGCCCGGCCUAAAGAGUUCAUAGCCGCUCAGGCCUUCUCGCCAGUCAGGAGUCCUUCCCCAACCGAAUCGCCAGUCCCUCUGCUCCAAGAGCUGGCCGCUGAGCUCCACUCCUCUGCAGCCAGCUCUCCUACUCUCCCACCAUUCUCCCCGCCACCCAGAAUCUUCCCAACAAGGGUGCUCACGUCUCCCACCAGCCCUCCUUCCCUCGUGUCCUCUCCCACACCGGUGUCUGCGUCAUUCCUGAACAGCAUGUUCGCCAUUCGAGCCCAGUCGCCUCCUCAGGCUUCCUCUCCCACCUCCAGCAGCUCCACGCCAAGCCCCAUUCAAAACCCGGUGGCGUUCCUAAGCUCUGUCCUGCCGUCCCUGACCCCGAGUCAGCCCACCAACUCAAUGGGCCUGCCCAAGGGAGCUCCUUUGAGGCUAAAAAAGAACGUACCAAAGGCACGCCUCCCGUCAACUGAAGACAUUCGCGGAAGCAGAGAAAUUCUCCUCCAAGACAUUGAAAAAAAGCUUCGCUUUAAAGAUGAUACUGCACAGUUUGCACAUCAACAGAAGCUGAGUAAUGAGGGGAAAACAGCGAGCAGACCCCUUGGACCAAACAUUCCUGCUACUGUCAUUAACUAUGAUGAGGAGUACAAAGUGUCCAAUUUUGAGCAGAGACUUAUGAGCGAGAUCGAAUUCCGUUUGGAGCGUACGCCGGUGGAGGAGUCGGACGAUGAGGUGCAGCACGAUGACGUCCCUACGGGAAGAUGUAUCGCACCCAUAUUUGACAAGAAACUCAAGAACUUCAGAGCCAUGGAAGGCGUGCCCGUCACUUUCUCAUGCAAAGUAGUGGGAAUCCCUUUUCCAAAGGUUUACUGGUUCAAGGAUGGCAAGCAGGUCCUGAGGAAGAACACCCAUUACAGGAAGAUAAGAGAGGGGGAUGGGACCUGUGCUCUACACAUAGAGUCCACGACCAAUGACGACGAUGGCAACUACACCGUCAUGGCAGCUAAUCCACAGGGACGUAUCAGCUGCUCGGGUCAUUUGAUAGUCCAAACGGGACCUCCCCGAAAGACACCUAUUCACUCUCAGAGGGUGCGAGCUCGCAUACAGGAAGUUGAAAGUGAGCAAACCGAGGAGCGCUUUUUUCGGCCUCACUUCCUCCAGGCUCCGGGGGACAUGCUGGCUCACGAGGGAAGACUGUGUAGACUAGACUGUAAGGUGAGCGGCCUCCCCAACCCAGAGCUGAUGUGGUUGGUCAGCGGGAGGCCAAUCUAUCCAGACCUUUACCACAAGAUGUUGGUGCGGGAGAAUGGCAUCCAUUCUCUGGUCAUUGAUCCUCUGACGCAGAAUGACGCCGGCACAUACACGUGCAUUGCAAGCAACAAAGCAGGGCAGAGCUCCUUUAGUCUAGAGCUGAAUGUUGUGGAGAAAGAGAUGAAGCACCCUCCCCAGUUUGUGGAGAAGCUGCAGAACAUGGGUAUUCCGGAGGGGACUCCAGUCAGGCUGGAGUGUCGGGUGGUGGGUAUGCCCCCUCCACUCAUCUUCUGGAAGAAAGACAAUGACACCAUUCCUAAAAUUAAGGACAGAAUCAGCAUGACCCAGGAUGCAACAGGAUAUGUGUGUCUCCUUAUCCAGCCAACAACAAAGGACGAUGCUGGCUGGUACACGGUGUCAGCAAAAAACGAGGCUGGAAUUGUAUCCUGCACCUGCAGGCUUGAUAUCUAUGCACAGUGGCAUCAGAGCAUCCCUGCACCCAUGAAAAAGGCUCCGCGCACAGGCAGCCGCUACGCAGCUCUGACGGGCCAGGGCCUCGACAUCAAGUCAGCUUUCCCCACGUCGGAGACCAACCCCAUCCUGUUCUCCAGCUCCCCUCCUGAGGUCAUGCUGGAGAGCGAGGAGCUGUGAAACGGCAGCAUGGUGACAGUCCGAGUUCUCCCGGCACACACUAAGACUUCCCUCAGGUCCAAACAGUAGAGGGCUAAAAGGAGGAAGAUGAUCUGAGCCGAUUGCCGAAUUGUGUGAUGCAUUUGAAGUGAUAGAAUGGCAAAGAGUUAUUGUGUUAAAGCUAUCAGCACCGAUAGUGGGUUUGUCACCAUUCCUAUUUACUCAAGUCAUAUGACAGAAAAAACAGAUUUGCAAAGUCUUAGCUCAUGAGCCAUCAUUGGAGUUGUAGUUUUUUUUUUUUUUAUUAUUAUUUUACAUCAAAUUUAGCUACGAUAGUGAGAGUGUUGCUGAAUGUUGAUGAAAACAUCUGUUCUUAAUUGUUAGUCCUAUUCUCAAAGUGGUACAAGUACUGCUUAUUCUUAUUGCAAAUCAUAUAUAUACCUGUAUCGGUAGUAAUAGAUUCUUUUAAAGUUUAUAUAAAAAGCAGUUUUAAGUUAUUGUUUGUUAAUAACCAGAGAUAGUUUAGAGUAUAUUAAAGGACAUUUGAAUGUGCCAUUAAGAGCAGUUUAUUUAAAUGGCCUCAGCCACGUGGGAUUUUUUCCCCAUUUACCUAGAUCAUUUCUUGACGUUCAUCACUGGUUCAUAUUUUAUUGCACCAUGUUUUUUCAUGUGCAUGCAUGCCAACAAGAUGCAAUAUUUCACAACUUAACAAACGCACUGUGUCUGCACACAGUCAUAAUACUAAUAUGUUAGUUAGGUGUCUCUCAUUCAUGGUUAAUAGUUGCUUUCAGGUGAUUUCAUUCCUCUGUUAUUGACAAAGAUGUAUCUCGAUUGUAUCUGCAGUUCGAGAUGUAUUACCUGAGGAAUGAAUCCGAUGAGACUAAAAGCUCUUUGUUUUGACCCUUGGCUUUGCUUUAACACCAACAAGUCCAAUGUACCCUACAGAGGUUAAUAAUGAACUUUGAUUAAGAUCAAUUUGAGUUGGUUUGAAAACCUAUUGAAGAAAAGCACAUACUCAACUGACGUAAAGUUGCACAUUGUAAAAUAGUUUUGUCCUCAGAAUAAAGUUAUAUUUAUUCAAA